AAGGUUUAUGGUCGACAGAAAAUUGAAACUUUCACAGUAUAUAGUUUUUUUCCUCGUAGGUGUCUUCACAGAAAUUCAAGGUAUGUGGUGUUUGAUCCUUAGGAAAUUAAUACGAGGCUUUGUUUAUAUUUUGUUCUAUCUUAUUUCGACAUGUUUAACCACGACCGGUUGAUCUGAUUAUGACGUUCUCGUUGAUUUUCGAAGAUGGAGAAACUGCUACAGGGUGUUUUAAAAUUCAAAAGUCUUGUGCGACCUUCUCUGCUGUCACAACUAGAAAAACUCGCUCAUAAAGCCCAGGUAUGUUUACUUCAGCCAGGUUUUUCUGUAAUAUAUGCAGUCUAACGAAAGAUCGUGACGGUUAACACGUUCGAUUACAGAUUUUGAUUAAUUUCCAUUUUUUUACCUGUUACUCACUCUCUUUCAGCCACGCAUGCUUCUUAUAACCUGUAUGGACAGCCGUUUGUGUCCAACCAGUUUUACUCAAGCAGAUCCUGGUGAUAUGUUUAUUAUGAGAAAUGCAGGCAAUGUUGUGCCACACAAUCAGCUGUUUGGAGAAAACCAACAAAGUCCACUGUCAGAAAGAGCAGCUUUGGAGUUAGCAAUUUCCACUGGAGUCAAAGACAUAGCAGUUUGUGGACAUUCAGACUGUAAGGUAGCUACACAAAACAAUUUAUGACCCACACCCAUCUUAGAAGUGUUUUGGGAAAUUCCAUUGGGAAGGUGUGGGUAUCAAUUUUAAAGAAAAAUCUAGAAAGGCCAGUAUAAGCUCAUACCCAGUCUCUAGCCAUGGGUGUAUUGGUGUACCCAUGAUCCUCUAGAUUCUCCUUUUUGAGGAUGCUUCAAAACACUAACAGCUGGAGACUGAACCUGGUGUUGGUCAAAACUGGAUUUGUCAAGGGCAGGGACAGUUUAAGUGCCAAUAUACCCCCUGUGGGAGGGAUGAAGAAAAUUUUUGGGACGAAAAAGUUGGAAAUAUAUUUGAAUCUUCAACUGUCUGUUCAGCAUCAUUGAAAAGUAUUUUACAUUCUCUAUAUUGUAGGCAAUGGACUGCCUUUAUCACAUGCAUGACACCACAGACAAAGAGAAGCAAGAUUCUGAAACUUCUUGGGUAUCAAGUUGGCUCAGACGGUAUGCACAGUCAUCACUAACAAAGUUUGAAAAGCUUGGGGUUCCUAUAGAUGGCAGUUCCGAGGAGAAAGAUAACUUAGAGAUUAUGUUUGAUAAAGAAAGGGAUCUAUCCGAUGUCGAUAAGCUUUCACAGGUACCUGUGUUAUUUUUUUGUCACCUCUAUGUGUACCAGUCAUUCACUUGAUCUCAGUCAGAUAGUCAUUGGGUCGGUUAGUUUGGUCUGUCAGUUAAUUGGCCAGAUGGUAGUUGAUUGGUCAGUCGGUGUGACAUUCAUUCAGUCAAUUUACUUAUCAGUCAAUCUCUCUGUCAGUCUGUCAGUCAGUUAGCUAGUCAGUGAAUCUGUUCUCAAUCAGUCAGCCAGACUACUAGUUUGCUAAUCUGCAAUGUGUCUGUUCAUCCUUUGUCCAUCAGUCAAUCUAACUCUCUUUCUGGCUGUUAGCCUACAAGACCACCAGUCCAUCAGUUUGUAAGUCAGUCACACAAUCAGUCAGUUAGUCAGACAAUUAGUCAGUCAGUCAGACAAUAAGUCAGUCGGUCAGACAAUCCGUCAGUCAGUCAUACAAUCAGUCAGUCAGAGUUAGACAAUUAGUCAGUUAGGUGUUCAUUUAGUCAGUCUGGCUAGCAGUGAAUAGUGAGUCAGUCAGUGAGUAGUGAAUCAUUGUCAAGUCAGUCAGUAUACGAGUAAGUCAGUCAAUCAAUUAGUCAUUUCAGUAAAUCAGUUGAUCAGUCAACCAUUUAUUUCUAUUAAUUCCUUUUCUUUGUAUAAUAGGUAAACGUUCUUCAACAAAUGCAGAAUAUUAGAUCAUACGGAUUUGUACGCAAUAAACUUGAUGAAGGUUCAGUUCAGCUUUAUGGUCUUUGGUUCAACAUUGGCGAAGGUGAAAUGCUCUUGUAUUCAAAGACUCGCAAGAGAUUUGUUGUCAUAAAUAAAGAAACUGGAUUAUCGAGUUAGUAAAGAAGAAUUUUUAGGUUUGACUGAUACAGGAAGUUUUUAAAUUAUGACAUUAAUGUUAUUUUGGAUGCUAAUAUGAUUAAGAUUUCUGUUGGGAGAUGGGCCCAAUGAAAUUUUUGUCAAUUUUCAUAGGAGUGAAAAUUAACUUGGUUCUAUGAAAAAUUUAUGAUUUUAAGUCUGAACAGAAGAGUAGUCAGGUACACCACCUAGAAUUGCAAAAUAACUUAGGCUCUAGGGUUGUGAUGUGAAUAAAGGGGGGGGGAAGGGAUUGUUGGUUCUUCUUCCAGUGCUUUAAGGAGUGUAACAGCUUCCAAUAUGUCAAGUGGUCAUGUUAGGGCUGUUUUUUUUUUUUUUUUUUUUUUGCUACCC